AUAUUGAUUCUGAAGAUAGAGAGGACUGGACGUUGACAUUUCGAAGACACUCUCCGUUCAUUCCCAAGGCAACGUGGUUGAAUCUGCGAUGUUAUAUCAGCAAGAACUCAUUAUUUUAUUAAUUUAUGAAUUGACUGAUUGCAAGAAAACUAAGUUAGGUAGGUUUUGUGACAUUGGCGAACGCGCGGAACACUUUGCUAUUGCUUAUGUUCACGCACGGAGCCUUUUGAUUGUUGCAUCGGGGAGCUGUCAAGCCAUCACAAGUGCCUCCUACUUUCACAACCUCUAGGAUGGCCCAGGCGGACAGCAAGGUGCUGGUUCUGGGAGCACUGGCUGGAGUGGCUGGUGUCAGUUUAGCUGUGAUGUGCUAUCAAGGUUUUCGUUCAAGCCGAAGACCCUCCUGGGCUGGGUACCGCCUCAGCCACACUUAUGAACAGGGACCUGAUGUCAUGUUGGUGGAUGGUCUAAGUCCACUUGGCAGUCAGGCUGAGGUGCUCGAGCGCCUCGAGGCCCUGAUCCAGUGUGUGUCUGAGCUGAAGAAUGAGAUGAAGGCAUUGAAAAGUGCUCUUCCCUCACUUCAGGACCAAGUCAGGGAGGAGCUAAUGGGACACGGUGAAGUGCGUAGAGCCAGCCCUCUACACAGGACCACACCAACACGGAGGAAAAGAGCUACAAGUGCUGUCACUAGCACCAGAACUCAGGGUCGGAGCUCGGAGGAGGCAGAAAGUGAGGGAGGGUAUAUAACUGCAUUGACAGACUCUGAGGAUGAGGAGCUUAGUGAUGAAGAACAGAGGGUCGAAGAACAGCCUGCAGACAAGUUUUCAAACUUCCUUGAAAGGGUUGACUGUUUGCAUCAGGGCACUGAAUCUGAAAAAAGGGAUGCUCUCAGCAUCCUUUUGGAGCAAAAAGAGGAGUUCGGACAGGACUCUGAACUACUUUGGCGGCUCGCCCGAGCUUACUGUGGUCUGCAUGACCUCAGCUCCACUCUGAAUGAGAAAAAGGACUACGCAGAAAAUGGAAAGAAAAUUGGCGAGGAGGCAGUGAGACUGAACCCUACCAGUGCUGAAAGCCAUCGGUGGUAUGCCAUUGCAUGUGGACUGAUGGCGGAAUAUGACACGAUCCAGAACAAGAUAAAGAAUGGGUACCUUUUUAAGGAUCAUGUGGAUAAAUGCAUUGAGCUGAAGCCACAAGAUCCAACAUCCUACUACCUGCUGGGCCGCUGGUGCUACAGUGUCGCCCAGUUGUCGUGGAUUGAGAGGAAAGUUGCGGCCACGUUAUUUGGAGAACCUCCAAGCGCUACAGUUGAAGAUGCACUAAGAAACUUUCUGAAGGUUGAGGAGCUUCAUCCAAGAUAUUCUAAAGCCAACUACACGUUUCUAACCAAGUGUUACAAGUACCUGGGGCAGAUAGAAAAGGCGAAGAAGAUGUGUGAAGAUGCUUGUUCAAUGAAUGCUGUCUCCAAGGAGGAUGAAGAGGCACAGAAGGAGCUGGAAUAUCUCUGUCCAGCACUUGGACUGUGACGACACAAGCCCGCUAUAGCCCAAACACACAGUGCUUUUGGAAGAGAAUGUUCCAUGUGCGGGGUGGGGUGGGGGGGUCGAGAAGCGGUCGUGUUUAUUCACUCUGUGAGUGAACGGUGGCUUUGAUCACCGACACAGACUCCUGUAGUCACAGCUGUCCUGUGUACUUUUAAAUCAGACUAUUCUAAUCCUUUUGUCACGUAACACUUUACAUUACAGCGCUCUAACAACCUGCUAAUAGUAUAGUAAUACAUACAUACAUAUGUAAUAGAGAGGUAUCAUUGUGGUAUUGCCAUCUUAUUUCUUGGUAAUAUCAGUGGUAAACGUGUGGUAAUAAGCCGAUAAUAUUAUCGUAAUACUAUGUCGUAGUAGUAUCAAGGUCAUAGCUCGGUAAUGAGAAAUAUUAUAAGACACGUGUGUUACUUCACAUGAAAAUAUUUGCAAAAACAAUGGCUCAUUACCAAGUUGUAAGUUGACUAUAUAAAUAAGAUGACAGUACCAUAAUAUUAAUAAUGAUUGACUAACAAUUAUUAUUAUUAUUAUAAUACUAUUACCACACAGUUACUGUACUGUAAUGUGAAGUGCUUCGUCAUCAUGAAAACAUCACAUAUGUAGUUGUAUUAUUUAUUUUUCAUCUCAUCAGUUUUAAAUGAGUUUUAGAUGAGCCGUGAGAAACAGUAACAUUAGAAUUUAGCGUGCUAGUCAGUACGUACUGUAAAUCUAGUAUGUAGUAUAUUCUCCUCAGGUCUGAUUGUGUUGCGUUUCUUUGACAACAAUGGUGUCUCGUUUUUUUUUGGAAAGUGACCCAUUGGUUCUAGUUUUUGUCUGUGUCUGUGUGUGAGUGCGCGACUACUCAUUCAAGUGACAAUAACAAAAGCACAUCAGACAAUGGUGCAACAGAGAUUAUGGUCUGCCAUGACCAGUGGUUGACCUCCUGCCGUCAUUCAGACCAACGCCGUCAUGUUGGGCAGCUACAUUUACACGGCAGCGUUCUAAAACCCCUUGAUCGUGUGUGUUGACGACGUUUGUCCUUCAGCCCGUGUGAUUAUGAUUUCACUCCGGUUUAUGAGAGUGAUUCAACAUGAAGGCACAGUUUUCUGUUGCCAUGGCUGCAGGAGGUUUGAUUACUGAAUCGUUUUGAAUGUGUUUUGUUUAUUUAGUAUUCAAAAGAUCUUUAAAAAAAAAAAACAUGUAAAAAGGGUUUAGGAGCAUCUUGAAGGAGCUUCUUGAAUCUUUUAAUUUUCCUCAUUGUUCUAUUUUAAGCUCUGGCUAUGGUACACUUUAUUUAUUUUUGCGUUGAUUUUAAGUAUGUUUAAUUUGAAGGAAAUUGUACUGAGAGCUGAUCUGUUUCAUUAAUGAACAUCCAGCGUGGACCCGUUCAUUUAUAGAAGGAUCCUAUUCCAUUGUAUGUAUAGUUGUCAUGUAAUUAGUCCAGUUUUAUGUUGAUUUUAGGUUUAACUAAGGUUUCCAUCAAUUUAAAUAACUUCCCGGACUUUCUAUUGAGCAUAAACUUGAGGCUUCAUUAGUACAUUAAUAGUCAAAUAUGAGAUAAAUUAAAGCAGAGGAGGCAGAUCGUUGCUUUUGCAUCAUGAGAUGAUUUUACAGGUCAGAUGAUGGUGGGUGGAUAUUUGAUUUUGUGACAUUCCUAUUUGUUUUUUUGUCUUUUUAAUCCUUUUACAAUCCAUACUAUAUUUUAACAAUUUCACUAUGUGUAAUGACAUCUUCUAAAGCUAUACCUGCAUUGUAAGAAAUUACAAGAUGGUUUUUAUUUGUCACCUUAACAGAUUUUUUCUGCCGGCAACAUGAAUGUGUUUGAUUUCUUCUUUUUUUCAAAUGCCAAAGUGAGUAAACAUUCAUCAAAGCUUUUUUGAAAUGUGACACACUACAGAGAGAUUAUACUGUAUAGUGUUAUAGUCAGUAUUUACUCGCUGAAUAAUAAUAAUAAUACUGGCUACUGUAAUUAAAUAUGUGUGAUCCUGA